AGCGCCCGCCUCUUUUCGACAUUCAUCCGCAGCUUCUGUCGUAGUACACGUGGUGCAAGAAAAAUUCCACUCAACCGCUAGGAGUCGCGACCGCGCUAAACUUCGGAUUUGCUGGUCCCUGCUCCCGUGUGUGUGUGUGUGCCUUGUUUAGCAAAUGCGUGUUUGCUGCUGUGCCGGAUGUAAUGUGUGCAUCAGUUUGAUUGAUUGAAUCAAACUUCCGCGACCCGUGUGGGUUUUCUCCGCGUUUGCCAGCGAAACAAGCCAUCGCGUUUGUGUCGGCUAAGUGAUCGAAAUUCGUCCACUAAUAAAGUGCGUGUGUUUGUAAGUGUAAGCAAGUGAGAAGCAAAGUUCCCAAAUCCGCCUCUGAAAGCUCUUACUACAGUGUGCCAGCAGUGUGAAUUGUGCAGUGUUGAAGUGUUGUGUGAAGUUACAGGGCAAGCGAAAUUCCGGAAGUGCAUUUCCCAGCUUUGCCGCAACGUCCGACAUCAAGAACUUGUCAAACCCGGCGGUUUGAGAUUGUGCAAACAGCAAGAAAAAAGUACCAUUCCAUGUGGAUGUGAUUAUCGAUUGAUAUACCUUGUGGAGAGGCAAGAAAAGGGCGAAAGAAUUACACGUGUCGGCAGGAGCGAGCAAGCUAUUUUUGGUCCGGAAUCGAGCAACAGCGUGUGGGAAGAAGAAUCCGUUCGUGUAUGUAGGAGCGAAUAGCAGGGGGAAAAUCAAUCAAAAAGUGUACUCUCCAUCAGAUUAGUGCGAGGAACAAGAGCACAGGUGCCGUUCAGUUGCAGGCCUACAUGGUUCAUCGUGAAAAAAGAAAAAUUAGCCAGUGACAUCCGGUUCCAAACGCAAACCCCGAUCUCAGUGUGCACGGUGAUAUAGGGUGGCCGGUGGUCGUAGUAGUAAACCGACCGCGAGUGCAUUUCGGUGCCCUGUGUAAGGAACGGAUAGGCAUCGCCGUUCCGCCCAACGCCCUUCACGAUCGACGCAUCGUCCACAAAAACCGCCUUCAUGUAUAAGUUCUUCGUGAAUUCCAGUGUGAAGUACAUAAUCAAAUAGAAUCGUGUGUGCAAUAAUCCCUAUCGUCCGUGGUGUCUGUGUGUGUCGUGCGUGUGUGUGUGUGAGUGAAAAGAAAAAAAAUCCAAGCAAAAUAAGCCCCCUUCCCUCCCCGUCGCCCCGUUCGCCCUGUGAAGUGAAGUGUGGUUACUCGUUGCUCACCUUUGGACGCACCUUCGUGGUGGCCGGCGUCGCCCACCACCGUUUGCCAACUUCCAACUUUUUUUUUCCAUUCCGACGGUACCUUCAACAACGGAUUUCAUGUGUAAAGCGGCAGCGACCGGGAAGAAUACGCUCCUGCUCGACAACAACAAACGUGUCCGUUCGUUUUUCCGCAAACCGCGCUACACGCACUUCUGCUCCGUCUGGUACAUCAUAGAGGGACGGUCCGGCACGAGGAAAACACCGCACGAUCCGUUGGUUUGCAGCGCCCGCACAGCUACAUCCCCAUCCCGGCGGAAGUCUCUGCAGCAGCACCAGCAACGGCAGCAACGCGUAGAAACGAUUCCGUAGAAACCUGAAAAAAGUUCCAUAUUCUCGAACCCGCAGGUCCCAAGCUGGGAUAUUCGUUCGGUGUAGGCUUACUACUCAACUGCUACUGGUCGGGUAGUUUGUGCAUCGUACCGAUCCGAGAGACUACGAAACUCAUCGAGAUUCGCAUCAAGAGACACAUUUUGCGCUCAGAACGUCAAGUUGUUCGUCGAACGUCGUGAAGUUCAACGAACGCCAUUUUCUGGAGUGCACGAUCGAAGGUGUGCUUCCGCCGCGAGUCACCGUCUAUUACGCAUUGUUGCCGGGUGCAGCUAGUUAAGUGCUACGAGUGCGUGCUCCUGCUUUCCAAUAAAUCAAUAAAAAUUGUGCGAAAAACGUUGCCGUUGUCGUGCGAAAAAUCCCUUCGCUCCAGUAAGUGAAGCAGCCGAGUGAUCGUGUGAUCCUGAGGAGAGUAAGCUCUUUAAGUGCGAUCAUUGCCCGAAUCACCGUUUGGUUGCUGUGGCCGUAGAAUUCCAGCACGAAAGCCGGACCCGAGGCGGAAACAUGGAAGCGUACUGGGAAGCGAAUGGUCAUGCACCGCAUUCUUUGAAAUAUGAGAGUGAGGCUAGCGUGCCUGGAUACACGUACUGCGGUGAACCGGGACUGAACUUUUCCGCCAACAAUACCACCUACAGCGAAGAUGAUGCUGAUUUUCCACCAGGACGGCGGGGCAAAACGUCACGGCAAGAUCCACUGUCACAUCGGAUCAUUGAAAAGCGGCGCCGCGAUCGGAUGAACUCCUGCCUGGCAGACCUUUCGCGACUCAUCCCGCAGCAGUACAUGCGCAAAGGUCGGGGUCGCGUGGAAAAGACGGAAAUCAUUGAGAUGGCGAUACGCCACCUGAAGAAUCUGCAGAACCAGGAGUGUGGUCGGGAGACGGCCUGCGCCGAACAGUAUCGGCUCGGGUACAACGAGUGUCUGACGGAGGCGGCCAAGUUUAUGAUGCGUGAGCGUGGCGAGGAGAUGUGUUUCCGUAUGGUGGCACACCUCAAGGAACAUUGCAAUGAGAUUAUGAAGGGUGAACUGGCAAAGGCACGCUGUGGAGCGGAACUUGCGAACGGUGGCAGUCCCAUCUAUCUGGCCAGUGGACAGCUGGGGCAUCUGCGGGAAAUACUGACCUGCCCGUCGGAUCUCGAGCACAGCAGCAACGACCACCACGACGUGAAGGAUCUAAGCUUCCGGAGCGCUACGAGCACGAGCAGCAGUUCGCACAGUAACAAUCCACCACAGGCCGCCGUCAUCACGUCGACGGCGCCGAGCAUCGUGCAGCACCUGGACACCUCGAGCAAUCACUCGACGCAAGACUACGACGCACCGUCACCUCCGGCACGGUCGCUGUGCUCGAACGGUGGAGUCGCCGGUCUGCAGCAGGACACAAACAACAACAUCAACCAGCACGAGAGUGUGUUGCGUACGAUCCGGAUGCGAAAGUUCUCGGAGCAUGCGUCCCCCGAACACGAGCAUAGUCACAAUAGCUACAAGUUCAAAAACUACAUCCAGCAACGGUUUUCGCAGGAUACGCACGAAAAUGGGCAUGGGGCGGAGUACGAUCGCAGUCCGGUGUCGCUACACGAGGACCAACAUCUGCACCAACAUUCGAGCUCGUUGCGAGCCUCGCCCCUGACCAAUGGGAGCAGCGGUAGUGUUUCGGGUGCCGAUUCAAAGUCCUCCAGCACAAGCACACUGACGGGCAAAUCUUCCACCGUGGCGUCCUCGUCGGAUGAACCGCUGUCACUGAAGCGUAAGGCUCCGAGUGGCGCCACUAGCAAUGGUGCGGAAUCGCCGGCAGCUGGCGGUGGUUCGAUGGAAAAUGGAACUCACCAUCACCAUCAUCAUCAUCAUCAUCAUAACCAGCAGAAUGGUGUGGACUGUGCACCGAUGGAGAAGAAACUAGCUCUCUCCAAGAAUGGACAUACGAUGGCAGCAUCCUCGUCCGUGACGCCGCUUCCAGAGAUAAAGCACGAGCUUUUAUCGUCGAUCGGUGGUGCCGGUGCCGUGGUAGCGCUUGGACAAACGGCAACGGGGCCCGGCUUCGCCCAUCAACACCAUCAUCAGCAGCAGCAGCAGCAGCAACACCAUCACAGUUCCUACCAUCCGGUGCCGAUCUUUGCCUGCCACACGCAGGGCUUCUAUAUUCCGCUGAACAUAGAUUACGAAACACUGUUGCCAUACCUGAACGGGGUCGAUCUGCUGAGCAAAAGCUUUCUGCAGAUGCCACCGCUACAUCCGAUCAGCAUCAGCGUGAACUACACGCCGAGCUCGCUGACCGGUACCGGUAGCAGUUUGCUGCUGAAGGCGUCCACCGUGAAUGGGCUACAUUCGCAGACGAAGGCCAAGCUGGUCGAAGGUAUCAUUAAUGGGUGUUAGGAUGAAGGUCGGCAAGAUGCGCCCAGCCGCAGAGAUUGAGUGCAUUUUCUUGCACGUGGACAUACGUGGAUUAUGUUUGUGUGUAGCUGUACUAGGAUAAUAAAUGUCGAUCGUUCUCAGCAAGCAGUCACCGGCUCCUGAUCCGGCCAGCUAGGGGGCAAAGCAUACUUUGAACUAGUUGAUGGCAUCUGCAGGAUAGUAUGCCACGUCGGUGGGACAAACGUGUAACAAAAUAAUCAAUAUCAUACUUCGUGUAGGUAGCAUACAGACACACAAUCACAUACACACACACACAACCAUAUUUAAACUCAGGUAAACAGUCUCCCUCUCUGUUCUGUGCUGGAGUACGUACGUAAAAUUUGAUGUUAGUAGAUGAUGCCUUGUAAAACUGCGUGUUGAAUGUGUCCUGCGUCCUUUAAGUGUCUACCGGAACGAAGCGGAACGAAUGCAGCGAAUGCUUAAUGAAGAGAGGAAAUCAAGGGAAAAAUAAGGAAACAGCUUCAUAACCUUUACAGCUAUGCUAAGCAAGACGCUGUAUCCUUCGACUAGUAGGAUACAGGAGUAGGAUGAUAACAGCCAGAAGAAUACGUAUCUUAAUGAUUCCCCUUUUUGCAUUAACGCGUGAAGAUUCGAUUCUUGCGUUUACUUAUGGUGUGUAGUCAGCAUAAUAUGCGUCAUGGUAUGAUAGGAUGAACGUGCAAGAUGCAAGAGUCGAUUUAAGCGUGUGUUCUAACGCCAUCUCAACCACCUUCACCUCCACCCCCAGCAACAACCCUCAACAACGCCACCAGCCUAGUCCUUUUCCAUAUUUUUCUUUUCUCUCCGAGGGCGGAGAGUCCGGAGCCCAUCCAGAUUUUCGACCAAUGUCUAAAGCACAUACACACCUAUCAGUUUGUUCUAUUGUUUAAACGAUCCGCAAAACUUUCUUAACCCAGGACAAUUAAUCUGUGAUACUGUGAAAACAAAAAAUAGGAAAAAUGGGAAGGAAAGGAAAACAACUCCGCGCCGAACUGGGCCCGUAGGAAAACUGUGCCGUUUGCGACAAAACAAGCAAAUAAAAGAAAGAAGCCAUUUGAUAGUGGGAUUUUUUUGUAAAUAGGACCAGCAAAGUAAAGCAGUGGAGGGAGGGAGAGCAAGAGAAAGAGUUCGCACACAGGCGAAGCGCAUUUGGUGGAAAACUUACCGAAAAGACCAUAUGUUAAACAAGUGAUAGAGAGAACGUGAACGUGAAAAGAAAACAGACCACAAAACGCAAACAGGGUAAUUUGUUGUGUGUGUGCGUGAGUGUAUAUUCCUCGUGGAGUUUGUAAAGAAGGGAAACGUGACACAAAGAAAAACGGAGGGAAAAAGUGAAGAGUGGUUGGACAGUGGAUUACUCCUUCCCACCCCACAUAUUUCUGCCAUAGUUGGGAAGCAAAACCACCACCAUCAACACCACCAACACCACCACACCACCUCUACCAAAUGUCGGUAUACAAUUGUACGUAACUACACACAGCGACACGGUUUUUGUAUAAAUCACAUACAGUUAGUUCUGAGGAGUCUUUUUUACUUUUUAGCCUUUUUUAUACAUUAUACCGAACCAAUGGCAAAGUAUCUGAAGUGAGUGAGGUGAAAACAAAAACAAAACCUUAACCCUAGAAUGCAAAGAGCUGGGAAAACAGCGAACGGUGAAGCCGCUUAUAAAGUGGAGCUAGUGAAACAUAAUAUCCAUAUACAUUUGCGCAAGGAAGAAAAAAGAAACGCAAGGCAAAAAUAUAAAUCUGUAUAAAACUUAA